UCUCUGACCGCAAACUCCUCCGUGGCUCCUCUGAAAAUAAUCUCCCCCUUUCCUCUCUCUUUCUCCGUUUACCUCAAUUGAGUUUCCAGUCCUUUUGUUCGCUCUUCUUAUCACUUGGAAAAAGGUGAACCCUCGUGUUAUUUUUAUUUUAAUCUUUGCUUUAAUUGUAGUUUUUACCCUUGUGGUCCCUGAUGGCUUCGCACAGUGAUACUCUGGUGGUGUUCUUUGGGGCAACAGCUGGUGCAAAUGGGGGUAAACUGGGUUCGGAUGAGAGGGAAAUAAUUCUCUUGGUGUGGCAAAUUGUGGAUCUACAUGAGAAAAAGGUGGGGAAGCUUCACAGAUGUCUUGUCAAGCCAGACACACUGGAGCUGACAGAGCAGUGUAAGGAGGAGACAGGUCUGACUCUGGACGAGCUCAUCAAGGCUGAGCCCCUGGACCAAGUUCUACAGCAGUUCCAGCAGUCGGUGUCAUCAGAAGUUAAGUGCCUGGGCAGAAACACCUGCACACUUUGUGUCAUCAAUCCCCUCGUCAUCCGACAGGCCCUCCACCCCGAAGCCUCCAAAAAGAAUCUAGUCCUUCCUGAAUGUUUCUUUUCAUUUGUGGAUGUGAGAAAAGAGUUUCAAAAAUGUUGCCCCAAUGCUGGCCCUGUGCAGAAGCUCACACUCACCUCCAUGUUGGAAUAUGUUGGUCUCCCUGCUGUGUCAGAGCAGUUGACGGGUGUGAGGGAGGUGAGGAGCAUGGUUGAGUCGGUGCUCUGCAUCCUGGCUGAGCCCUACAAUCACAAAUUCACCUGUGUUGAAACUGUCAAAUACAAGUUUGAAUCUGGUACUUGUAAGACUGAGCCAGUGGACAGUGAGACAGUGAUCAGAGCACGCGGGCUCCCAUGGCAGUCAUCGGACCAAGACAUUGCACGUUUCUUUAAAGGCCUCAAUAUUGCCAAGGGAGGUGUGGCUCUGUGUCUCAAUGCUCAGGGCAGGAGGAAUGGUGAGGCCUUGGUUCGCUUUGUAAACUCAGAGCACCGGGACCUGGCCCUCGAACGCCACAAGCACCAUAUGGGUAGUCGCUACAUUGAGGUGUACAAGGCCACAGGAGAGGAAUUCCUUAAGAUUGCUGGAGGCACAUCUAACGAGGUGGCCCAGUUCCUGUCCAAAGAGAACCAGGUGAUUAUCCGCAUGAGGGGGUUGCCAUUUACCGCCACACCCCAAGAAGUGCUGUCCUUCCUUGGUCCCGAUAGCCCAGUCACAGAUGGCGCAGAGGGUCUUCUCUUUGUCAAGUACCCUGACGGACGGCCCACUGGAGAUGCCUUUGUGCUCUUCUCCUGUGAAGAAUAUGCCCAGAAUGCCCUGAAGAAGCACAAGCAGAUCCUGGGGAAGCGUUACAUUGAGCUGUUUCGUAGCACUGCGGCUGAGGUGCAGCAGGUCCUGAACAGGUAUAUGUCCACACCGCUGAUCUCCACACUGCCUCCUUCUCCCAUCAUGCCUGUCCCAGUCCUCGCCACUCCCCCUUUCCUUCCAUCAGCCAGCAGCAGUCGUGACUGUGUUCGGCUGCGUGGUCUGCCCUACACUGCCGGCAUUGAAGACAUCCUGGAGUUCAUGGGAGACCACACGGUUGACAUCAAACCCCACGGAGUCCACAUGGUCCUCAACCAACAGGGUCGACCUUCUGGUGAUGCCUUCAUCCAAAUGAAGUCACCAGACAAAGCAUUUAUGGUGGCCCAGAAGUGCCAUAAAAAGACAAUGAAGGACCGCUAUGUCGAGGUGUUUCAGUGCUCCACGGAGGAGAUGAGCAUCGUGCUCAUGGGAGGAACCUUAAACCGCAGCGGCCUCUCCCCUCCACCCUGCAAACUUCCCUGUCUGUCUCCACCCACAGCCUACACUGCCUUCCCCACACCACCUGCCAUCCUCUCUGAGGCUGCCCUCUACCAGCCCCCCCUGCUGGCUGCUCCCAGACCUCCUCAGACCACCACACACAGCCCUCACACUCUGGCCUACUACCCCCCUCACCCACACCUGUACAUGAAUAUGAACAUGAACUACACAGCAUACUACCCCAGUCCCCCAGUCUCUCCCUCCACAGUUGGCUACUUUGCCGCACCACCAGGAGCAGUGGCAGCAGCAGUGGCAGCUCAGUCUCACCCUCACCCCCACCCCGCCACUGCACCUGUGCUGUCCCAGCCCGGUGCUCUGGUCAGGAUGCAGGGUCUGCCCUACAACACCGGAGUCAAGGACAUCCUCAGCUUCUUCCAAGGAUACCAGCUCCAGCCAGACGCCGUUCUCAUCUUGUACAACUUCAGUGGCCAGUGCAGUGGCGAGGCACUGGUCACCUUCCCGAGUGAAGAGAUCGCCAGGCGAGCUGUGAGCGAGCACUCCAACCACCACUUCUACGGUCAGCAGGUCCACUUGGUUCUCUGUAACUGACCGCGAGUCCUCCAUCACUCCUCCUCCUCCUCCUCCUUUUGAAGAGCACUCUCAUCCCAGCUUCUCUAAGAAAUAAUUUAAAAAAAAAAGUGAUUGAGCUCCAGGUGUGACCUGCGUGGAGCAGCUACUCAACCUUCACCUUCCCCAUCAUCUGACAUUUGUCACCACUCACUCAGUCCCCUCUGACCCCGACACUCCUGAUGCCACAGUUGGAGUUUUCGAUCGUCCACCGCGAAGCAGCUGAAGUCAUUAACGCUCUGCAUUGUGCUCAUGACUUUGUGGACAUAUUUGUACCUACUGUAAUUGCUGGUUGUGGGAAGGAGACGGUUUUGGAGCCUGGACAAAUCCAUAGCAGUGACUCUGUAUUUUAAAGGCUUGCUCUCUCUCUUUAUCUUGCUAUAUAUACAUAUAUAUGAAUAUACUGCAGAAUUUCAUCCUGAAAUGCUUGAUGCUGUACAAACCACUUCAGCUUAUGAUCUUUUCUGUAUAUUUCUGAAAUCUUGACUUUUGUUUGUGUUGGCUUUAUGCAAACACACAUGUAUUAUGUGUGUGUGUGUGUGCGCACGAUGUUUAUUAAUUUCAUGGUCUCCAAUGGUGCCAUUGAAAAGCUAAAGAAAAAAAAAAAGCCAUAAAGUCUGACUACUGAAACAACACUGAGUGCAGGGACUCGUGGUUUAAACCACAGCGAGAUCACAGAUGUGCCAGUGCCUGGAACUUGAUGUAUUUUCUGUAUAAAGCAUUUACGUAUGACGAUUGAUUCGCUUCUGCUCCAAUCAGAGUUAAAGAACAGCUCGUCUGAGUCACGUGGCAAAUGAUUUCUAUUUUUUAUUAAACCCAUUUCUUUACAAAAGUGGUUAUUUUGUUGUUAAAUCUAAAAAAAAAAAAGAAUGGACGUGUAUCCUGAAGCUUUCUAUGUAACUAUCAACCUCAGUCACUGUGUAGUCUCCUCUGUUGUUGUUUCCAGACUAUUUACAACCAUCAGUCUUUAAUUCCUGCUGCUGUCUGGGUUUUUUUUUUCAGUCUUUACUGUGCCUACUUACCCAAAGUGCAACACAGGCUCACACAGGGGCUGCGUCGCCCUCUGGUGGCAAAUGAGAUACUUAUUUUGUUUGCAAGUUUGGGACUUGCAUGAACUUAAAACUCUGUGUAGAUAAAAAUGUGGACAAUGAUCUGUAUUUCAUUUAGUCUCUUUUUAAGGAGAUAAAUUCAUAAUACAAUAAAAAAAAAAUAACAUGUU